GAGACUUGUCAGCAAGCCAUGGCCUUCCGUUCGCCAUGGCUGUUCGAGUUGCAUCACUUGUGAUGGAAGGUGAGCCGGAGGGUGAAGAGAAGCAGGUAGAGAAGGACUCUGAGUCAGAGGCCAGCGACGAAAGCCUUCCGCAGAUUGAUGAGGCGGAGCUGGAUGGGGAGAUCCUCAUUGAGGCACCCUUGGAGCCCGAGGAGGCUCCGGCUCCGAGGAAGAAGAAGAAGAGUGACCCUGCAGCCCGCGCAGCGCGGCGGGUAUGGAAGCGUCUCCGAGCGGAGAGGAAAGCGGCAAAGAAGGCGAAACGCAAGGAGGAGGCCAGGGCAAAGAAGCGCCGCGGCCACGGCGCCAACCUGGAGGACUUUCUGGUAAGGACCAAGGAGCGCCUUGAGGCGAGGGCUGCAGAGGCAGAAGCCGAGGCGGCGGCAUUGCUGGUGGCGCCAAAGAGGGGCGCCUCAGGUGAUGUGCAUGGCUUUGUCCAGAAAACCCGGGAGCGAUUGGUCGAGCAGGUGCAGGCGGAGCGAGCGGCGCUGAGGGCGCGCCAAGCCAAGGCUGCGGCCGCCGCCGCAGGUGCUGACUUGGAUGCCUUCCGCCAGCAGUGCGAGGCCCGCCUGGCUCAGCGCCUGUUGGCGGGCAUGCCCCAGGUGAAGACCGGUCUGGUGGAGGCUGAGGGCGGCACGGGCUUCUUCCGCCGCAAGAUCUGCAUCGUGGGCGCUGGGCCGGUCGGCUUGUGGGCCGCAAUGCUGUUGGCGCAGAAGUACCGGUGGACAGACCCCUCGGGCUGCGCUCGCCUGCGCCCGGAUGCCCCGCAGCUGGUUUUGCUGGAAGCCAGGUCUGCUGAGAGCCAUUGCAGCCGCACGGACAUCAGGAUUGCCUUGUCGUCCUCCACGCGGGCCAUGCUGGACCAACAGACGCGCUCUCGCAGCUUCAGCUCAGGCAUGCCCGUGGCGGAGAUUGAGGAGGCCUUCCUGCGGCGCUGGCGGAAGCUGGCAGGGUCGGAGGCCAAAAUCCUCUACGACACCUCGGUGCAGGACCUCGGGGCAUUGGAAGACUGCGACUGCGUGUUCUGGGCCGCGGGACGGCGAUCUUUGGAGGAUGCCUCGCGGAAGGCUCUGGGCUGUGAGGUGAAGGUCGGAGACAGCCAGAAGGUGAUUGUGUUCCAGAUCUCGGAGCUCGGGCCCGACACCAACGCCUGGCAGCUGGCCAGCCUCGACCUAUCUGGCAUUGCACAGCAGGCCAGCCGCUCGCUGUGCAACCUGCGGGUCAUGCUGCGCCCGGGCUUCGAGGGCGCCUGCGCCUGCUGGCUCUGGGUCUUUGGACUGCCGGAGAUGGAGGAGAAGGGCAAGGCCUUGGUGCCGCGGGCCACGCUGGCAGAGGCGUGCCAGGACGUGGCCUGCCAGGAUGCGCUGCUCCCAGCGCUGGAGGCACUGCAGCAGAGGCUGCGCCCGGCCCGGAUCACCGCGAGGUUCGUGGAUGCAUCCUUCUGGUCCUCGGAUCGCGCCGCGUGCCAGUUGCAGGAUCCUCCGGUGCCGUUGGUUCUGCUGGGGGACGCUUUGGCUGGGAAGCCCUUCUAUACUGGCUCGACGCUGAAUCGCCAUCUCUGGGAUGUGGCACAUCUCAUUGAGGAGGUCGAGUUUGCCUACGACGGCCAGCGGAUGGAGGUGUCCCGGUUCUCCGCGUACGAGCGCCGCUACCAGGAGUGCGUGCGCCGGAUCCCGGAGUUCCAGCGGCCCCGGAACUUCCUGCAGGCCCUGCCGCUGAUGGUGCGCAAGGAGAGGGCUGAGGGCCGCUGCUGCAAGCCGGUACUGCCUGCACUCGCACGGCCCGCGCCGGGCGCGCUGUGACUUAGGGCCUUUCAAUGAUUUUCCAAGCCCUCGCCAAGAAGGGGCGACUGCAUGAGCGGAUGCCAAAAUGGAUAAC